CAUACCAACUCGGCGCAAAGGUGUAGCGUGAAAAUUCAAAUUAAAUCAAUUAAUAGCGGUUUAAAUGAUUGACCGUAACACAACGUUUCAAAUUCAGGUAUUAAUGCUGCUUGCCAGCUAAAACUAGAUAUAAAGUGAUUGAGUUUAUAGCAAUUACAAUUUUGCCAUUAUUUACGAAAAUUUAAGUGAGAUGAGCAGUAAUCCAUCCGUGGAUUAAUUAAGUGCGAAUCGUGAUUGACAUUGAAAAUAGUUUCUAAUUGUACAACUAUGACGUAAGUGUAGGUACUUGAUUAAAGUGUGAAGGAACAAGCGAUUGCUAGGAAGUCCGAGCGAAGGAAAACCAUAAUCAACAAUCAUAAAUUUAACUACUUUGUUAUUUUUUUUAAGAGCUCGAUAUUAACGCACGUGUCUUGAAGAUUAUGUUGAGUACAGGAUUACAGUUACAAAACAAUGUUUGAAUUGGGAUCACUCGGUCACGUGUAUGCCUUCCAGGAAUUCAUAAGCUAUAUAGGGCGAAAUCCUACUUAGAUUUUGGGGUUCCAAGCACUGCCGCCGUAGUUAUCAAUACGUUUUAUUAUGAAAUCAAAAGUUUCAUUCAAAAACAAUAAUCCACGUAAGAAUGCCAACAUAUUAUCUGUGAUAACAUUUGCCUAUACGUUACCAACAUUUAUAAAGGGAUGCAAAAAAGAUUUUAGCGAGGAAGAUAUAACCGAUCAUUUAGAAGAACACUCAUCGAGUAUGUUAGCAAAUCGUCUAGAGAAGGCAUGGAAAAUAGAACUGUCGAAACCAAAGCCUUCACUCAGUAAAGCAAUUUUCAAAACCUUUGGCAUAGAGCUUCUAGUACUAGGGCUAAUUUACGCGUUCAAUCAACUGUUCGUUCGGCUUGCACAACCGCUGGCAUUAUCGCAACUAAUGAAAUACUACAGCGCUGAUAAGCAGCGUGUGUCCAGGAACGAAGCUUUGAUGUAUUCUGGCAUAAUUGUUGGUUCCAAUUUCAUUAAUAUCCUACUAGCCCACAACUAUCUCCUUUCCUUGCAACACUUGGGUAUGAAACUACGUGUGGCGUGCUGUUCGUUAAUAUACCGCAAAUCGCUGAGGCUCAAUCUAAACGUACUGGAUGGCACUAUGAUAGGCCGAACUUUAAACUUGUUGUCGAACGAUGUGAACAGAUGCGAUCGGUCAGCUCUCCAUUUUCAUACCCUUUGGGUUUGUCCUGUUCAAGCCGUCAUGAUCAUUUUGACCUUGUACUACAUUUUAGGAUUAACAUCCGCUAUUGGAGUAUUUGUUAUGAUCAUGUUUGUUCCAUGCCAAAUGUACUUGGCAAAGAAGACUGCAGAUCUACGCUUCAAGACUGCAAUAACAACCGAUAAACGAAUUCGGGGCAUGAACGAGAUUAUCUGCGGAAUUCAAGUAAUCAAAUUUUACACGUGGGAAAAACCAUUCAAGGCAAUAAUUGAAAGAAUUCGCAGAUUGGAAAUUCGUUACAUUCGCGCGACAACGUUCAUUAAAGGGAUAAUGAUAUCAAUUCAAUUGUUCAUAACUAAAUUCUCAUUGUUCUUAACGAUUUUGGUGUACGUGCUUACCGGUAAUGUACUUAACGCCGAGUACGUGUUUGUGGCAACCGCAUUUUAUGAUAUCCUCAAGCAGAUCAUGACAAAGAACUUCUCCUCUGGGAUCACGGAGAUAGCAGAAGCGAAGGUGUCAAUCAAUCGUAUUCAAGAGUUCCUUUUAUACGAUGAAGCCGAAGACAGUUCCGAGGUGGCGAACUUUAACGGAAAAAGUUCAAAGGAGGACCUUACGAAUACAAUUCACGCACGAAAUGGGGAUCCCAAAAACGGAUUCGCAAUUCAUUUAGAUAAGGCUUCGGCAAAAUGGAACCGGAAUACUGCGACAAACGAUCUGGAAAACGUAAACUUUUGGGCGCUACACGGGCAGCGAGUCGCUUUGGUUGGGCCAGUUGGCAGUGGAAAAAGUACACUUUUAAAUCUUAUUUUAAAAGAGUUACCUUUGGAAACUGGCGCACUCAAUGUAAAGGGAAGGAUCUCCUAUGCCUCCCAAGAACCUUGGUUAUUUGCGGGUAGUAUCAAGCAAAAUAUUAUUUUUGAUCAGUCGCUCAUCCUAGAAAGAUACGAAAGGGUCAUUAAAGCAUGUGCGCUAGAUAAAGACUUCAUCCAGUUACCUUACGGAGAUAAAACUCUGGUUGGCGAACGGGGAGUUGCGUUGAGUGGAGGACAAAAGGCGCGCAUUAGUUUGGCUCGCGCGAUUUAUAAAAAGGCCGACAUUUACCUGUUGGAUGACCCUUUUUCCGCUGUCGACCCUCACGUGGGAAAGCAAAUGUUUGAGGGUUGCGUCUUGAAAUUUUUAAAAAACAAGUGCAGUAUCAUUGCAACCCAUCAGUUACAGUACUUGCAAUAUGUGGACCACAUAUAUUUCGUCGAGAAUGGCAAAAUUCCACUAAAUUGCACCUAUCAAGAGCUUCGCGCGUCAGAAAAGUACUUUCUCAAACACCUUCAGCAAAAAUCCGAAACAACAAAUAUGCAGGAAGUUACCACCGUUCCGUUGAUCACUAAGCUACCCUUUGAACCUGCUCAAGAAAAAGAACAACGCAGUUCUGGGUCUAUCGCUAGAAACAUCUACUAUUCGUACCUAAAAGCUAGCGGCUGGGGUUGGAUGCCAAUAUGUCUGCUACUAAUCUUUAUAAUUGUUCAACUAUCACACAGCGGCGCUGAUUACUUCCUAACUCUGUGGGUCAACUUUGAGCAGGAGAACGCCGCCCAGAAUUUGACCGUGGGACCAUUGAAUUUAGAUUCCGAUUCUUGUAUUUACACAUACUCUGGAAUAGUUGCAAUAAUGAUACUAACAACUUUGCUCGGAUCAUUUGGUUUUUACAUUAGCUGUAUGCGAGCCUCUGUAAAUCUUCAUAAUAAUAUGCUAGCUAACAUUAUUUACGCGCCUAUGAAGUUUUUCAACAGUAAUUCAUCGGGAAGGAUCAUAAACAGAUUUUCAAAGGAUAUGGGCACUAUCGAUGAGAUAUUGCCGAGUGUCGCUCUGGACUGUCUUGACGUCGGUUUAAGUAUUUUGGCAGCCACGAUCAUGAUAAGCUUUGUAACGCCAUGGAUGGCACUUGCGUCUGCAGUAAUAUUUAUCGUGUUCUAUUUAAUCAGGAUGGUAUAUCUACAAACCAGCUGCAAUCUCAAACGCUUGGAGGGGAUUACUCGCAGCCCAGUAUUUGAGCAUUCAAACUCAACUCUAAGGGGGUUGACAUCGAUAAGAGCCUUUAAAAGCCAAGCAAUCUUCCAACAAAAAUUUGACGAAUUACAAGACGUCAACAGCUCGGUUUGGUACUUGUACACAUCAUGCUCGAAAGCGUUCAGUUUUUGGCUUGAUUGUAUCUGCGUAAUCUACAUCGCUCUAGUCACGUUCAGCUGUAUCAUAUCGAAAUCUGCGGAUUUUGGAGGAAACGUCGGAUUAGCGAUUACCAAAGCGAUGUCUUUAUCGGGGCGAUUCCAGUGGGGCAUGCGACAGUGGAGUGAUUUGGAAAAUCAAAUGACUUCAGUCGAGAGAGUGCUUGAAUACUCCAGAAUAGAAAAGGAAGAGGAGCGCACAGACACGAUACCCCCGUCGACUUGGCCUGAAAAGGGAAGCAUAUCCUUUGAAUCGGUCUCAUUACGUUAUUCUGAAACUGAGCCUUACAUCCUGAACAACAUUACGUUCGAUGUAAGGGCGACUGAAAAAAUAGGGAUCGUAGGUAGGACGGCGUCUGGAAAAUCGUCUCUCAUUAACGCCUUUUUCCAACUCGUUAAUAUCGAGGGGAAAAUUCUCAUAGACCAAAUCGACAUAACAAAAGUUCCUCUCGAUGUUCUCCGUUCCAAGAUAUGUAUUAUACCUCAGGAACCGAUGCUAUUCAGUGGCACAAUUAGAAGUAAUCUUGAUCAGUUUAAGGAGCACUCCGACGAUGUGUUAUGGGAUGCUUUAUCUGAAGUGGAACUAAAAAAAGUGAUCGCAGAAUAUUCCCUCGGUUUGGAUACCGAAAUAUCCCAAGGAGCUUCAAACUUCAGUAUUGGUCAAAGGCAGUUGUUGUGCUUAGCAAGAGCCAUAGUUAAAAAGACUAAAAUUAUUAUAUUGGAUGAGGCCACGGCAAACGUGGACCAUCAAACCGAUUCACUCAUACAAAACACAAUUAGAAACAAAUUUUACGAUUGCACAGUAUUAACGAUCGCGCAUAGGUUAAAUACGGUUAUGGAUUCAGACAAAAUUUUAGUGUUAGAAUCUGGAAGCAUAUUAGAGUUUGAUCACCCGAGUGUAUUACUACAAGAUGAAAGCAGUACAUUUUACUCAAUGGCCCAACAAACCGGAAUUGUAAUGGGCGAUGUACUACUGAACUUAGCUAAGGAAAGUUACACAGAGAACUCGGCCAGAGAAGUGUGAUAAUUACCAAGUGAUAUAUUUUUAUAUUUGUUUUAAUUAUACGUUUU